CUCUUUCUAGAAAACAAAUUCGAGAAAAACAUUUUUGAAACUCCUGUCUAAUUGACAGCUGGUACUUGACGCAUUGAAAAACAGCAACGCGGUAACCGGUAACUACGUUUUGCAAACAAAACAAAAAGCCAAGUAGAUAUUCGUUACAGGGCGAUUUAUUUGUAUAGAAAACACUAGUAACGUUCUUUGUUCCAUAAAAUAUUUAGUGGGAUUUCUAGUGACUAAAGUGUAAGGCAGUUUUAUUGAUAUGGCUAACGAUCCCGAAAGGUUCGAUACUAUGCUGCUGGCGAUGGCCCAGCAGCACGAGGGCGGUGUCAAAGAUCUCCUUCACACCAUAGUUAGUUUCCUUUCAAGAAAAACUGACUUCUUUACUGGAGGAAAAGAUGGAGAAUGGGAAAAGGUGGUUAAAGAUACAUUCUACGCCCACGCAACAAAAGCUAAGGAGGCAGCAGAUAAAAUCAAGAAAGAAAAAGAGGAAGAAGCAAAGCGACUGAAAGAUAUACAAGCAAAGAAAGAGAAAGAGCGUCUUGUACAAGAUUUCGAGCCAGCUAAGAUUGUGGAGCUUACUGACCAAGAGGCUGAUAAAAUGCAAGCUGAUAUAGAUAUGGCGAAGAACAAAACAAUAGAGGUGGGAAGUGGCGAUGGCGGUGAAAGCAGCACAGAAGCCGACAAACCCGCAGAAGAGGAAGAUGACGACCCCAAAGAAAAAGGCAAGAUGAAGCCUAACGCUGGCAACGGUUGCGAUCUGGAGCACUACCGGUGGACGCAGACUUUGGAAGAGGUUGAGCUUCGAGUCCCACUCCGGCAGGUGCUGAGACCCCGCGACCUUACCGUGGGGAUCUCCAAGAAGCAUCUGAAAGUGGGCAUCAAAGGCCAGCCGCUGAUCAUCGACGGGGAACUAGACGCCGAAAUCAAGAUGGAGGAGUCCACGUGGGUGCUACAGGAUGGACGCAACCUGCUUGUCAAUUUGGAAAAGGUGAACAAAAUGAAUUGGUGGAGCAGAUUAGUCACGACGGAUCCUGAAAUUUCUACAAAGAAAAUCAACCCAGAGCCAUCGAAACUUUCUGAUUUGGACGGUGAGACUCGCGGGCUAGUCGAGAAGAUGAUGUAUGAUCAGAGACAGAAGGAAAUGGGGCUCCCCACCAGCGAUGAACAGAAGAAACAAGACGUGCUCAAAAAAUUCAUGGAACAACAUCCAGAGAUGGACUUCUCGAAGUGCAAAUUUAACUAAUUUAAGUUAAUAUUAUAGUGUCUUAUAAGCCGAUUUUGUAUUUUGGUUCGUCAUAAUAUAUGGCGCAUGGUUUACGCCAUACAUAAAAUUACAUACAAAGACUUUAUGUUUAGUUCCUUAUCGCAUUAAAAGUACUUUAUUGAAAUUAAAUGAUACUUAACUCAAUUUAAGAUUGUCCUAAUUGCUUGCUUGUAUUUGUCUUCGUUAGUUAUUUUUAGUAUUCAUUUGGAAUUAAACCACAAUAAGCAAUUACGAGAUUAUAUGUCAUUUUAAGAGUUUUAAUUUCCAACCGAAAAAAUCAUAAAACUUAAAUAGUUAAGGGUGGUUUCAAACAAGCGUUUUUUCCCGCGUGUAUAUGGUCGUUUCGGCAUUUCGCUACAUAAGCUACAUUUGGCCUGUAAGCGCCUACACGCGCUUCAAAAAACGAGCUUAUACGCGCGUAUAAAACGCUAGUCUUGAACCGCUCUAAGGGCCAUUUCAAUUACUAAAAUGUGCUAAACUUUGCCAUAUAAGCGGACUAAACUUAUCUGGUUCUAAUGUAAUGUAUUAAUGUAUUUAUACUUGCUAUUGUGUUAUAGUCAGUUUUAUUAUAAAUAUAUAUUUAGGGAACUAAAAUCUUUAGCAACUUAACCUAACAAAUAUGUUGUCAUUUCGAUUGAUACCGAUUACUUGAAAUAAACACUUCAAGAUACA